AUGCCAAAGAGUCGACAGGAGCGCCGCGAGCGGCGUCAGCGCGAGGCACAGGCCUUGGAGAAGCUGAGCCAGGCCGUGAAAGAGGUACAAUCACUCGACCGUGAGAUUCAAAAGUUUGCCCAGUUGCCUCUCUCCUCUGCUACGCAGCGUGGCUUGAAAAAAGCAGGCUAUACGCGACCUACAGAAAUUCAGCGUGAUGCCUUGAUCAAGGCUUUGAAGGGUCAAGAUGUGCUGGCCGCUGCAAAAACCGGGUCGGGCAAAACCCUCGCUUUUUUGAUCCCAGUCCUCGAGGGCCUCUUUCGCCAGCGAUGGUCCAAACCAGACGGCGUGGGUGGUCUGAUCAUCUCCCCCACCCGUGAACUUGCGUUGCAAACCUACGAAGUCCUCACCAAGAUUGGUUGCUUCCACGAUAUGUCGGCGGGCCUCGUUGUUGGUGGCACGACCCUUGAACGUGAAAAAGCCGUCAUUUCAAAUACCAACAUCAUCAUCUGCACGCCCGGCCGCUUGCUCCAACACAUGGAUGAAACGUUUGGUUUUAGCUGCGAUAACCUGCAGAUGCUCGUUUUGGACGAAGCCGAUCGCAUUCUGGACAUGGGGUUCGCCAAGACCCUCAAUGCCAUCCUUGAAAACCUUCCCAAGCAGCGACAAACCAUGCUCUUCUCCGCAACUCAGACCAAGUCGGUUAAGGACCUGGCGCGCUUGAGUCUGAAGAUGCCCGAGUUCAUCAGCGUCCAUGAACAGGAUAAAACUGCGACUCCGCACAAACUGGUCCAAGCUUACAUGACCGUGCCGCUAAACCAGAAGCUGGACGUGCUCUUUUCUUUCAUUCGCUCCCACGUCAAUGUCAAGAUGCUCGUCUUUGUGUCCAGCUGCAAGCAAGUUCGCUUUAUCUACGAGACGCUUCGGCGCAUGCGCCCCGGUGUACCUCUGUUGGCCUUGUACGGCAAGCAAAAGCAAGCCAAGCGGGUAGCCAUCUAUAACGACUUUAGCAAGAAAACCCACGCGGUCUUGCUAGCCACAGACAUCGCCGCGCGCGGUCUUGAUUUUCCCUCUGUUGACUGGGUCUUUCAGCUGGACUGUCCCGAGGAUGUGGCUACGUAUAUCCAUCGCGUGGGUCGCACCGCCCGUUAUGGCAAGGAAGGCAAGGCUCUCUUGACCCUGCUGCCGUCCGAAUCUGCCAUGGUGCAACAACUGGCAGAGCGCAAGGUCGAGGUCGUCUCCACCGAGGCCAACGCCUCCAAAAUCAAGAGCAUUACUCCACGCCUCAAGGCCUUUUGUGCCGAGUCGCCUGAGCUCAAGUAUCUGGCACAAAAGUGCUUCAUCUCCUACACCCGCUCGGUGUUUUUGCAACCCAACAAGGAGGUCUUUCGCAUCGAUGAACUACCGCUCGAGGAGUUUGCACUGUCGCUGGGUCUGCCAGCUGCGCCGCGCAUCAAGUUUGCCAAGGUGAGCAUGUCCAUCGUGACUUUUGACGAUAUUCGCUACUGCUGUCAUGCGCUUGAUCUCAAGAUGACUGCAUUCCUCGUGGGAUUGAAUCGGACUGUCGGAGCAGAAGCAAGGCGAAAAGCUCCGUGGUCGGGUCGGGCCACCGGCUGGUGCGGUGAAUGCCUUUGGUGUUGCAACGCAAAAGCACCAUGGUGCGGAAAUGUCCUCAGAUGA